AAACAGGGAAAUUUAUCAACUGGUAGUAAGCACCUAAAGGGUCUCGUCGUUGAAGGACAAAAUGGCGGCGGUUGGGAGGUUGGGCAGUGCGGCCAUCAGGUCGUUUCUGUGGCGGAGAACAGCUCUUCUCAGCUCCGUACGGUGUCUGUCCAAGGAUGAGAUGCCAGGCCCGUACCCCAGGACCCCAGAAGAGUGGGCUGCUGCUGCUAAGAAGUACGGCAUGAGGGUGGAGGACUACCAGCCCUACCCUGAUGACGGGACGGGGUACGGAGACUAUCCCAUGUUACCUGAGGAAGGUGCGGAGUCCCAGGAUCCAUGGGUCGACUGGGACGACAACUGGCACAGAAGGAACUAUGGAGACGUUCCACAUGUUCACAGUGAUGCAUACACCAGGCAAAGGGUCAACCCCAGCCAGAAAUAUGUGGUGCCCUGGAAAAAAAUGAUUGCUGCCCUCGUCGGCUUCCUUGGCUUCAAUGGUAUCAUGCUUUAUUUUGGAGAAAUGUACAAGCAUAUGGUACCUGUGGCACCCAAGCAGUACCCAUUCAACAACCUGUAUCUGGAGAAAGGAGGGGAUCCCGACAAGGCGCCAGAAGAGGAAAUCAAGAACUACGAGUUCCCCAAGUCUUAAUGUGCACAUUCACAAGAUAGAAAUAUACUACAGACCUGUACAAUGUCUCAUUUAUGGAGAGGAUGAAACUACCAGUGUAAAUCUAUAGUGUCUGAGCAGUCUGUCAUGAAAAUUAGUCUCAAAUAUCACCAUGAUAGACAGCUUGUUUCUUUCAGUUGUCCAUAUUUUGUGUGAAAGACGUGUGUGCAUGAUACCUAUAUUUGUCAAGUGGAAUAAAGACGUAUGUGUGCAAACAUCUACUCCGUACCAAACAUGUAUGUGGCACAGUGGCAGAUUACUCUACCUUGACAUGUAUAGUUUAUCCAUGUUUGUCUGAUUGAAAUAAAGUUUCAGUCUCACUUCA